AUGGCGGAAGCAACGGCCCCGAAGCCUAGCAGCAGCGUGAAGCUGGUCCUUCUAGGCGAAGCAGCUGUAGGAAAGUCUUCGCUGGUACUGCGCUUUGUGAACAACGAUUUCCAGGAGAACAAGGAACCAACAAUCGGAGCUGCCUUCCUCACACAAAAAUGCAAUCUUCCCACGAGAACGAUCAAAUUCGAGAUCUGGGAUACCGCGGGACAAGAACGCUUCGCAUCUCUCGCUCCGAUGUACUACCGAAACGCCCAAUCUGCUCUCGUGGUCUACGAUCUCACAAAGCCGACGUCGCUCAUCAAGGCAAAGCACUGGGUUGCCGAGCUCCAGAGACAGGCAUCGCCGGGAAUCGUUAUCGCCCUUGUCGGAAACAAGCUGGAUUUGACGACUGAGACGAGCAGCACGGGCAACAACCUGUCCGAAGACGGAGAGGGGGCCGAUGGCGAGGACGCUGAUGGAGAUGCUAGAAUGGUGCCGACCGCCGAGGCGAAGUCAUAUGCAGAGGAGGAGGGGCUGCUGUUCUUCGAGACGAGUGCUAAGCUAGGCACCAACGUCACUGAGGUUUUUACCGCAAUCGCGAAUGCUAUCCCGGAAACGUCGUUGAAGGGAGCUCGGGGAACAGGAGGAGCCGCGCAGGCGGGUGCAGGACGGACGGAGGAUCAGUCCAGAGUCAAGCUGACAGGACCGAGAGAUACUGCUUCGAAGGAGGGUUGCGCUUGUUGA